AUGCCUCCCCGAGUCGUCAUCAUCGGUGCCGGAAUUGUCGGCACCAACUUAGCCGACGAGCUAGUCUCGCGUGGGUGGAGCGAUAUCACCGUCGUCGAGCAGGGUCCCCUACACAUGCCCGGGGGUUCGACCUCGCAUGCCCCGGGGAAUGUGUUCCAGACCAAUGCUUCGAAGACGAUGACCAGGUUGGCCCAUUACACAGUGCAGAAGCUGCUGUCUCUCGAUUGUUUCAACUCGGUGGGCAGUCUGGAGGUGGCCACUACGCCAGCGCGUUUGGAAGAUCUUAAACGCAAACAUGGAUAUGCCUCGUCGUGGGGUAUUGAGUCCCGUCUGCUCAGCAAGGAGGAAUGCAUUGCCAAAUAUCCUCUGCUCAACCCCGACAUUGUGCUUGGUGGUUUUCAUGUCACCAGCGACGGCAUCGCACUCGCCGCUCGCGCCACCCAGCUGCUGAUUGAACGCACGCAGAAGGCCGGCGUGCGCUAUCUAGAAUCCACGCCUGUCACUGCUAUCGAGCAGACGAAUCGUCGAGUCACCGGUGUCAGGACCCCCGGCGGUAUCAUUUCCGCGGAUCUCGUCGUCUCCUGUGCCGGGUUCUGGGGGGUUCAUGUGGGCGCCAUGGCCGGCGUUUCGAUCCCUCUGCUGCCCAUCGCCCAUCAGUAUGUCAAGACGACGGCAGUUCCGGCUCUCGCUGGCCGCGACGUGAAUGAUAAACCCAACGGUCAAAAUGCCAGUAUGCCCAUUCUCCGCCAUCAGGAUCAGAACCUGUACUAUCGUGAACAUGGCCAGCAAUGUGGCAUCGGCUUCUACGGUCACAGGCCCAUGCCGGAUGUUAGUGAGAAGAAUAUGCCUUCGCGCUUGGACUUCACCGCGGAAGACUUUGUCCCAGCCUGGAAUCGUCAGAUCGAUGACGGAUUUAACGGCAUCUUCUCCUUCACGCCCGACGGAGGACCGGUAAUUGGAGAAGCUCCCGGUCUAGAUGGCUUCUAUGUUGCUGAAGCCGUGUGGGUGACGCAUUCAGCCGGCGUGGCUCGCGCAGUGGCGGAGUUGCUCACGAAGGGCCAUUCCGAGAUCGACAAUAUCCAGUUGACUCCGGAGUAUGUGAACGAGACCUCGCAGCAGAACUUUGUUGAAGUCUACGAUAUCUUGCACCCGCUGCAGCCGCGGGAAUCCCCUAGAAACCUCCGCGUCAGCCCUUUCUACCACCGACAACGCGAGCUGGGCGCCUUCUUCCUCGAAGCCGCAGCAUGGGAGCGCCCCUACUGGUAUGAGGCCAAUGCUGCCCUGGUCAACUACCUUCCACCGGAAUUCCAGCCCGUCGAGCGAGACGCCUGGUCGGCCCGAUACUAUUCACCCAUCACUGCUGUCGAAGCCUGGAAGACGCGCAACGCGGUGGCUAUGUAUGAUAUGACGGCCUUCCACCGCUUCGAGGUGUCAGGGCCUGGAGCAGUCUCCCUCCUUCAAAGACUAACGACCGGCGACGUCACGAAGAAUCCGGGCACCAUCACCUACGCCCUCCUGCUGGACGAGCAAGGCGGCAUUCGCAGCGACCUCUUCAUUUCUCGGCUCGAGGAGAAUUCCUUCCAAGUCGGCGCCAACACGGCCAUUGAUCUCGACAGCUUGGAACGAGAGGCCCGUCGCCAAUCCCGGGGCCAAUGGGUGCAAGUUCGUGACAUCACCGGGGGAACCUGCUGCAUCGGCCUUUGGGGCCCUCGCGCCCGCGAUGUGAUCCGGAUGAUCAGCCCCGACGACUUCUCAAACAAGGGCUUGCCCUACUACGGCGUCAAAAAGGCCCUCGUUGCCGGCAUCCCUGUCACCGCAUUCCGCAAGUCGUACGUCGGAGAGCUGGGCUGGGAGAUCCAGACGAGCGCCGAGUACGGGCUCCGACUCUGGGACGCCAUCUUCCAGGCCGGCAAGCCGCAUGGGCUGAUCGCUGCAGGUCGUGGCGCUCUCGAUGCUCUGCGCCUCGAAAAAGGAUACCGAACCUACGGCACGGACAUGACGACUGAGCACGAUCCCUUCGAAGCAGGUGUUAGCCAUGCCGUCGCGGUGAACAAGAAGGAGGACUAUACUGGCAAGGCCGCAUUGGCCCGCCGUUCCAUACAGGCCUCGACUCGUCGACUGCGUUGCCUAACCGUUGACGACGGUCGUUCUGUGGUCCUGGGGAAGGAGCCCGUGUAUCGCCAUGGCAAGCCCGUAGGGUAUGUCACCACCGCCACGUUCGCCUAUACAGUUCGCAAACCGGCCGUAUAUGCCUGGCUCCCUGGCGACGCUUCUGAGGGCGAGAAGAUCGAAAUUGAGUACUUUGGGCGGCGUAUCAAGGCAACUGUUACGCGGGAGCCGUUGUAUGAUCCCCAGGAAAGCCGAAUGCGUGCGGAUGGGCUCUCGGUCAUUCCGGAGCUGCAGAAGCCAUUGAAGCAUGUUUUGUGA